CCCUGGGUUCUGCCAAUCCUUCACCCCUUCUGCUCCUAAAAAUAUGUGAUGAGUGAUCACAGGGAGGGCAAGGGACAUUUGAUGCGGAAGUCAAGUCUGCAGAUCCUAUAUGUCUGUCUGCCCCUCUUCCCUGCGAGCCGUUGGACCCAGGUCCUCGGGUUUGCUCGUCUCGUUACACUCGCUGCGAUAUCCAUACGUCUUGCACCUCUCUGCACGUAACCUGCCAUCGUCUGACUUGAUGCAACGAUGGCUCCGUCGUACAGCUCUGGUACCCUCUUGCUUGGCGGCGAUGCCCACUACCCCUCACCUUCAUAUGCAAACUCUAUUCCGACCUCACAUUCACUCGCAUCCCCACAACCAACCUCAUUUGCGCUAACAUCCGCACCACAACAACCAAAACCAGUAUCAUCAACUUCAACAUCAACAUCAACAUUCCCACUCUUCACCUCCCUCCCUCCCGAACUCCGCCUCAAGAUCUGGCACCUCACCCUGCCGUCCCCGCGCCUCGUGCCCCUCACCUACCAAUCCUCGACCGCGCCCCUCACUCCAUCAACCCCCAAGUCGCGCCGGGGCUGCACCUCGUCUGCGGCCCUCCCCAUAACCCUCCACAUCAACCACGAAAGCCGCGCGCUCGCCCUGCAGCACUACUCCCUCGCCUUCGGCCUCAGCGGCGGAAUCGCGUGUCCCGACGCACGGCCAGGCUCGCUGCCGAGCAAGAUCUACUUCUCGGCCGAGCGAGGCGAUGUGCUGUUCUUCGGGCGGAGGAGGAACGAGCACGGCGGCGGGAAUGCGAGUGGAUGUGGAAGUGGACAAGAGGGGUUGCAAGAUUUCGUGAAUGCAUGCAUGAUGGUGCACCCUGGCUCCUCUGGCUUCGGACAAGUGACGCGGUUAGCGGUUCAAAAGGGAUUAUUUACACCCCGAGCCGGGGCCGCGAAAGGCGUCUCGGAGAUGCAGUUGAGGCUCUUUUGGGAGAGGGUUAUGGGGAAGUUUAUCGGGGUUGAAGAGGUGCUUUUUGUGGAGAGGGGGGAGGACGCUUUGGGUGCUUUUGAGGGCGAGGCGGAGGAUAUGGAGGCUGAUGUGAGGAUAGAGCAGCAUUCGUGGGGGAGGAGCGAGAUUGAGGGCGUUUGCUAUGCGGAUGAUGGGCUGGGAUUCAAUUGUUGGGAGGAGGAGAGCUUGGAGGAGAAGGUGGAGAGGGUUGUGAGGAGCGUGGAGGCGGAGCGUGGAUUGGUGGCUCCGAGAUGGCGGGUUCUUGGACCGCAAGAGGAGAGUUUGGGUGCGCGGAUGGAAGAGAUCGUCAUUGAUAGGCAAAGGAGGAAGGAGAAAGAGGAAUCUUUGGUUCGGCAGAUGAGAGAGCUCUUUGGACACGAGGAUAUCUCGAAUGCCUUGUGAUGGGAAAUGGAGGCUAUGGAUAGAACAAAAGUGUGCGCAUUCUGGUUUCUUGUGCAAUAUUCACGAACGUUCACGAUAGAAUGGACACGGGGUAGAAUUAAUGGUACGCUGUAUUAUGUCUUUUGUCUACGAUCUAAGACA